GGCUGGCUCUGCGCGAUCCCUCCAGGCACGGAUCCGUGGCCUCCCACUAGAGGGAGGCGGAGUUCGGGGCCGCGGGAUGCAGUCGGUACCUCCUUCUGGGCCGGGCCGGGGGCGGGCUCCGGGACGGAGGCCGGCGGGCUGCCCUCGGGACGAGUUGGCUUCACAAUCAAAGCUGAGGGAGGGCACACGGUGGAAGGCCAAGGAGGGUGCCAGGGAGCUGGAAGGAGCUUCACGGACGCGAGCCACAGACCGGCUCUGCCGGCAGGUUGGGCCACCGGCACGCCACGGUCUCGCAGCGCCCGGGGCAGGCCUGCCUCGCCAUGGGGGAGGUGGAGAUCUCGGCCCGGGCCUACGUGAAGAUGUGCCUGCACGCCGCACGGUACCCCCACGCCGCUGUCAACGGGCUGCUACUGGCGUCCUCGCCACGCUCCGGAGAAUGCCUAUGCCUCACCGACUGUGUGCCCCUCUUCCACAGCCACCUGGCCCUGGCCGUCAUGCUGGAGGUCGCCCUCAACCAGGUGGACGUGUGGGGCGCACAGGCUGGUCUAGUGGUGGCUGGGUACUACCAUGCCAAUGCAUCUGUGGAUGAUCAGAGCCCUGGGCCCCUGGCCUUGAAAAUCGCUGGGCGAAUUGCAGAAUUGGUCCCUGAGGCAGUACUUAUUAUGUUGGAUAAUCAGAAACUUGUGCCUCAGCCUCGCGUGCCCCCCAUCAUCGUCCUGGAGAACCAAGGUCUCCGCUGGGGCCCCAAGGACAAAAACCUAGUGAUGUGGAGAAACUGGGAGGAGUCACGGCAGAUGGUGGGAGCACUCCUGGAGAGCCGGGCCCAUCAGCACCUCGUGGACUUCGACUGCCACCUGGAUGACAUCCGGCAGGACUGGACCAACCAACAGCUCAACACCCAGAUAACGCAAUGGGCUGGUGCUACCAGUGGAAAUGCCUGAGCCAGGGGGUCAGCAUCCAAUAAAGAGACUUGGGCU